AUGGUUGUUGACCAUAACCAAUCUAAACUUGAUGAACUUGAUCGUUUCGAUACUGUUUUACGUGAGGAAAUUAAAAUUUUUAAAAACGAAAUAAAAGAAACAUUUUCUAGCAUUGUCAGCAAGGAAGUUAAAUUGAAUGUUGAAGUAAUUAGAAGUGAUGUCAAAUCAAUCCAGAAAAUUUUACAAGAAGCUAGUGAAGAAAGAGAAACAAAUUUAUUGAUGUUUCGUUUAGCUGAAAGUGAAGAUGAUCGUUCCAAUGUUUUGAAAAUUUUAAAGCAUUUGACAGGAGAUGUUUCCGAAAAAAAUGUAAUCAAAAUAAUGAGACUGGGAAGGAAAUGCGAAACUGUCGUUAGACCCAUUUUGAUAAAGUUAGAUUGCGUUUUGCUCAGAGACUCAAUAAUGAGAAAUGUAUAUAAAUUCAAGUCGUUAAAAGAAUUUUCACAUGUUGGACUGAACUAUGAUUUAACAAAGGAUCAGAGGCAGGAAUUCAAAUCAUUUGUUGAUAAAGCUAAAGUUAUGGAGCGAGAAGAAAACAAUCAAAAUUUUUUGUUCAGAGUGAGAGGACAGGCGAUUUCAACAUUCACCUUGAGAAACAGGAAGAUCGUCAUACUGUAA